AGAAUAAAUAAUGGGCUGUACUUGGGAUGGGACCCACAGGGAUUCACCAUUAGAUUACAGCUACUUGGUGAAUAUAUAUUACUUGGUUUGGUGUUCAGUUGCAAUGCACAUACCCAGCAAGAGAGAGGGAAUCCGGAGGGGCGGAGGAAUAUAAAUAAUUAAUGGCGGUUGAAUCGGAGGCUGUGGCGGUGGGUAGAGGAAAGCAAAAGGAAGAGCAAAAGCAUUUUCACGUGCUGGCAGUGGAUGACAGUGUCAUCGACAGGAAGCUUUUAGAGAGGCUCCUUACAGUUUCUUCAUGCAAAGUGACCUGUGUGGACUCUGGGGAUAAAGCUCUGAAGUUCCUUGGUCUGCUUGAUGACCUUCAGAAUAUCAGUGCUUCCUCCACUUCCCUUUCACCUUCGUCGUCUUCUCCUGAUCAAUCGCCCCAGCAUGAGGGUGCAAAAGUUAACAUGAUCAUGACAGACUACUGCAUGCCUGGGAUGAGUGGUUAUGAUUUGCUUAAACGAGUCAAGGGAUCUCCUUGGAAAGAUAUACCCGUCGUCAUCAUGUCAUCAGAAAAUGUGCCUUCAAGAAUCAGCAUGUGCUUGGAAGGAGGAGCAGAGGAAUUUCUAUUGAAGCCUCUUCAGUUAUCAGAUUUGAAGAAGCUGCAGCCAUACUUUCUGAAAUUCCCCGACAACUCAUGCCUAGCAGAAUCCAUAGCCACGGACAAUGACAGCAAUCAGAAGGAUAACUGUAAUAAUAUUAGCAAAAGGAAGGCGACGUCACCGGAACCUAGGGAAAGAUCGAGAUCCAAAAUGAAAGAAUUAAAGGUGGUGUGAAUGGUCAUAUCGACAGGUUACUGAAUUUGCAGACCGUAGUAAUAUUUGCAGCUAUAUAUCCCAA